AUGAAGGUAAUCUUUCUAUUCUUAGGCGCCCUGCUGUUAUAUCAUACGGCAGGAGCCGUCAUCGAUUACCAUCGCGUCCCACCAUAUGAAGCUCCAACAACCUAUACUGUACAGAAACCACCCCUCGACACUCCUUGGACGUAUAGACUUGGCAGCAAUCCAUGGCCCGAGUAUCCACGACCGCAAUUACAACGGGAGCACUGGCAGAACCUCAAUGGUAUCUGGAAGUACAGGAAUGCUACUGGCCCAAACGAACCACCUCCAUGGAAUCAGGACUUGCCUCACGAGGUCUUGGUCCCAUCCUGCUUGGAAAGCGCGCUGUCAGGAGUCCAAGGCGAGUACACAAUACACUCAUGGUUCUCCACAAACUUUACCGUCCCCGAACUCUGGCGAGACGGAAGAGUACUGCUGAAUUUUGGUGCGGUUGACUACGAGGCGGUCAUUUAUAUCAAUGGCCAGCAAAUAGCAAUCAAUCGAGGUGGAUAUGCGACGUUCACCAUCGACGUCACCGACUAUGUCUCCACCGGCGAUGAGCCAGAUGCUGUCAACCCUAUUGGCAAGCAAACACUGCAAGAUCCCAAUCAUUAUUUCUACACUCCAUGCAGCGGUAUUUGGCAGAGCGUAUGGAUCGAAGCCGCCGCUACCGAGUAUGUCACACGUCUCGAUCUUAGCGGCGACAUGAAUGGCCAGGUCACCGUCAACGUUCAUACGUUGAACAGCGUAUCAGGCAAUGCGGAGAUCAGAAUCCGUGACCGUGAUCAGUCGGCGACAAUCCUUGCCGCCAACCCGUUCAAGACCAAUGGAGAAUUCAUCUUUACUACAGGGCAGGUUCCAAAGAGAUGGUCGCCGGAUUCGCCGGUCUUGUACGACGUUGAAAUCAUUGUUGGCGGUGAAACAAUUCGCAGCUACAUGGGCUUCCGAACUUAUGAGAAUCGAAACAUCAACGGCGUCUAUCGACCCAUGCUGAAUGGAGAAUUCAUUUUCCCAUUUGGGACACUCGAUCAAGGAUACUGGCCCGACGGUAUCUAUGUAGCGCCCAACCGAAAAGCAAUGACAUACGAUCUGAACAUGCUCAAAGCAGUCGGUUUCAACAUGGUCCGCAAACACAUUAAAGUCGAGCCGUCCUUGUUCUACACUGCUUGUGACGAGCUAGGCCUACUAGUCAUCCAAGACAUGCCUUCGCCUCGAACAGGCAAUCGGAUUGAGUAUUCGAAUUGCACGCGUCCACCGUACUUACCGAACGUCGACGAACAAGCCGACUUCGUCGAUCAACUCGGCCGCAUGGUAGAUCAACUGAAGUCCCAUCCAAGCAUAUUCGCAUGGACGAUCUACAACGAAGGCUGGGGCCAGCUCCUCACGCGACAGAACGGGCACUACCAGGAAUUCGACCUGGUCGACCUCGUCAGAUCUCGCGACCCUACACGACUCAUCUCUGCUACCAGCGGCUGGACCGACCAUGGAGCCGGCGACUUCAGCGAUACCCACAGCUAUGCAUCCCCUAAGUGCGGAACGCCCUUCUACAAGAUCCCCUCACCAGCAUAUGACCCUACCCGCAUCGCAUUCCAAGGCGAGUUCGGCGGCAUCGGUCACAAUCUGACCGACGCCCAUCUCUGGAAAGUGCAAGAUGCGAUCGACACCAUCAAUCAGACAUACGAAAUCAAUGCCGACCUCAACAGCUUCAAUUACCGUGCCCGUCAGCUGCUGCGUGAGUUCCGUGAACAAGUCGAGCUGUUUGACUGCUCUGGUGGCGUGUGGACGCAGACCACGGAUGUGGAGGGUGAGCUCAAUGGCUUGUUGAGUUAUGAUCGUCGGGUGCUGAGAGUGGAUCUGAAUGUCUGGCGGACAGAGAUACAGGCGUUGUAUGAUGCGGCGGCUGCUAGAGGGGCGAUGAACUACUCUAUCGGCGAGCCGGUCGAGCUGGAAUUGAAGAAUCACCUGUGA